CUUUUUUACCGACAUCAGUGUCAUAUUGAUGACAUUUUGUUGUCCAUUUUCAUUAAAAAGAAAACAGUAACAAAGCAACACACAAGUCAUAAGUAGUUUGUCAAUAUAAGUAUUUGUGACAUUAAGUUCGUUGUAUUUGUUAAUCUAGUGUAGUGCUUGUACAAAUGGUAUCUAAAUUAUUUGUUUUCAAAUUGUCACGUAAAUUGUAUCAUUGUGCCUUCCUUACAAUUUAUGACCCUAUUUUCGAAGGUAUAAAAAUCAUCAUGUCACGCUAAUCUGAUUUGAAUUGCUGCUCUUAGCAUGAAAUAAAUCAUUGUAAUUAAAUAACUAUGGUAAAUUCAUGACAGAAGUAGAGCGAAGCUUGAAUUAAUUUGCAAUAAUCAGGCUAUUGAAAGAUCUCAUAAUGAGUGAUGUAGAAAAGAAAUGGGCAUGUGAAUAUUGUACAUACGAAAAUUACCCAUCAUCUGUUAAAUGCACUAUGUGCAGAGGUCCCAGGCCAUUUGUCAAUGAAGAUAUUUACAGGUUACACGAUGACAAAAUAAACAUAAGCGAGAAAUUCCAUUCAACAAUUGAAUCUGCAACUGGACCAUUAGAAAAUAAAUCGAAAUGUACAAAAUGUACAUACAAUUUAUCUGGUAUAUGUAUUACUUGUGGUGGUACUUCUGUAUCAUCUCAAUCUUUACACGAACACAUGCAACCCCUAAGAAUCUCACAAAACUCUGAUUUAGCCCAAAGUUUAUCUAGAUCUAGGAAUAACAGCCCCCCUGCUAGCAUAACUAAUAUAGAAAAUUCACGAAGAUCAUCACAGAAUAAAUGGAUUUGUAACUUAUGUACUUAUGAAAAUUGGCCGAAGUCUUUGAAGUGUGCUAUGUGUGGAAGUAUUAAUCAAAGGUCCCAAGCGUCUAGUCUAAUAAUCCCCUCACCGGAUCAAGUUCCGGAUGUAGAACGUAACCAAGAUGAUAGAUUUAAGGAUUAUAUUUUGGAUUCAAGUCAAAGUCCAAAUAAUCUAGAUAAUGAAAGAAAAUUGAGGCAUCUACGUCGACACGCCGAUUGGCGUUGGUUGAACGCUUGUAUUGGAGUGAUAGACGGUGAUCCAAAUCCAGUGGAAGCUUACCUUUCUUCAGGAGGCGAUCCUGCAAGGACACUAACAUCAUCAGAAGUCGCUAUUUUAAACAGAAAUUCAGCUUUCGAUGUCGGACAUACAUUAGUACAUCUAGCUAUAAGAUUUCAAAGAGAAGAUUUAUUAGCUGUACUUUUAUCUCAAAUAGAAGGCUCCGGUUCUGGUGUAAAACGAGUACCGAGUUAUGUUGCUCCUGAUAUAGCUGCAGAUAUUAGACGACAUUUUGCUUCGACUAUACGUUCGAGGAAAGGAAAUUUUCCUUGUAAUUUCGUUACAGAGUUUCCAACGUUUACGUUACCUGCAGAAGUCGAUGAACUUCCUACAACCAUUCAAGAACAAUUAUUUACCGAGCUAUUAGAUAAAGAUGCCCAAGAACAACUCGAAACUGAUCCGGCUGUGAUUAAUUGGUCCUUGGAUAUAACUGUGCGUUUGGGUUCCAGACUUUACGCUUUAUGGAAUCGAUCUGCUGGUGAUUGUCUCCUAGAUUCCGUAAUGCAGGCUACUUGGGGGGUAUUUGAUAGAGAUAACAUGCUUAGAAGAGCAUUAGCUGAAAGUUUAGGCCAAGGAGGACAUAUGUUUUAUCCUAGAUGGAAGGAAUAUGAAUCGAGUCAUGCUUCGUUUCUUCAGUAUUCUUUAGAAGAAGGACAAUGGGAGGAAGAUUGGACGAGUUUAUUAUCACUUGCUAAUCAACCCGGAACGAGUCUUGAACAACUGCACGUUUUCGCACUGGCCCACGUUCUGAGACGUCCUAUUAUUGUAUACGGAGUGAAGUAUGUGAAGAGUUUUAGGGGAGAAGCCAUAGGUUAUGCUCGAUUUGAAGGUGUUUAUUUACCGUUAUUGUGGGAACAAAGUUUCUGUAUCCGUACCCCUAUAGCACUGGGUUACACUAGAGGUCACUUCUCGGCUCUGGUUCCCAUAGAACCCUACAGUAGAUUAGAUUCCGGACAGCCUUUACAACAUAGUAAUAUAAACCCUGAUCACAUGCAAAGUACCUUUUUACCCCUAAUGGAUAGAGAUAGAAAACUUUUGCCAAUACACUUUUUGACAGAAUCAGAGUUGGGUAGAGAAGAAGCGAUACUUAGACAGUGGUUAGACGUCUGUGAAACCGAGAAUGGUAUUCUGGUAGCCCAACAGUUGCUGCAUAAAAGACCCUUACUAGUUGCUCAAAUGGUCGAGGAAUGGUUGAAUCAUUACAGGAGAUUAUCACAAAUGACUUCGGCUCCUUUUGCAAGACCGAUUCCCAUUCAGGAUUAUUCCAGUGAAGGGGACACUGAUGAUGAAUAGCGUCGAUUGAAAUUCGUGCUCCAGUAACACGAAACAACAAGUAGUGAUAAAUUAGUACCUAAAGUUAUAGAAUUUUCUCGAAAAAAAUAGACAUCUAGUAUAGAUGAAUUAUUUAAUAAAUAACCCGGGGUGGAAAAUAAUUUAUUAUGAUUAUUCCCAUUUAGGAACCAAUUCGUCUACCACUUGAGUAUUCGACCCGGUUUUUGAAAUAGAUUUGGUUAUUAAUUUCGUAGGAAAAACACGAAAAUCACCGAGUGCCAAGUCGGAAUUAUAUGCCGGUCGAAUUGUUGGGGGUGCUUUUAGGUUGCACAGAAAUGUAGAAAUUGUUCGGGGAGUCGUUAGGUAGCACCAGAAGUGUGUAGAUUAAUAAAAAAAUAUAAAAAUUCGUCAUUUUCUUUAAAUUAUUACAAUUAUUUUGUUUUUUGUAAUCUUAUAUGCUAUCAAUUUGAAAAACAGUUGAUUUUGCCAUUUUUUUAGUUUCUUUUGAUUUUUUUUUCAACUUUUCAGAAGAGAUGAUUUUUUGGUACCCGGUGAAAUGUUCAAAACGAACUAAACUUGCACCAUAAACAAUGGGAUUGGAUUUUGUUUUUGUUAUUCUUAGUUUUCUUGCCUGUUUACAAUUUUUUUUUCUUUGGUUGCUUUACAAACUUUUUUAGGUAUUUUUCUUUUUUUCUAUCUGAAUUCCAUAAUACUGGGUCAUUUUUAUUCAAUGUACAUUAAUUUCUAUUGUAAAUUAUAUGGUUGGGCAAGAAGAAGAUUGGGGAAAAAAUAUAAAACAAAGAGAAUCUUUGGAAGAUGAUAGAGAAAGAAAAGUCUGCAAAAAGCAGAAAGUUUGGAUAAAAAUAGUGAACACGGAAAAAAAAAGACUUGAAAAUAAAUAAAGAACAUAAAGGAAAUAGUUAAAAUGGUUCAGAAAGGCAUAAAUAUAAAAAGAAAGAAGAAAAUCAAUCCACAAUGGGAAUAUUUGGAGGAAGAUAGUAAGAACUAUGGGGUAAGACAAAAACUAAAGAAGAAAUUGAGAACGUAAUAGAAAUCUUUGGGAGGACAGUGAAUAAGGUGGAGAAAGAGAUAUUAUAAGUCUUGGAAGAAAAUAGCGAAAAAGAUGGGGAAAAGGACGAAGUCUGGAAAAGAAAUUCAACAAAAAAUGGAAAUCCACAAAGGAAUAUAGUGAAUUUCAUAAUAUUGGGUUAUUUUUAUACAAAAAUAAUGCCACAUACUAUUUUCAAAAGUCUUAAAUCAUUUUUUUUAAAUAUUUGUAUUGGUUCAGUUUCCUCUAAAAAAAUGAUCCAGAAUUAUGUACAUCAAUUUUUAGGGUAAAUUACAAGGUGAUUAUCAAUUUGACGGUAUUGUGAAAAUGCGUACAAAAAAAUUCAUGGAAAAUUAGGUAGCUAAGUGGCAAUUAAUAAUUUUUAACAGUCUCGUCGAACUCUUUACAUUAAAGGGCUAGUGAUAAUUUUUUUCUACUAAUUUAAUGCGACGUAGAUCAAAACUUAACGAUGUAAAAGUGCCUAUUUCCAGUUAUUCCACCACCUCUUUCGUAAUUACCCCAAAAAAUGUUUUUAGAUCUAUCUGGGGGGUUCUCCAAUAAUAAUAAUUCAAAUUUUCAUGUUUUUAAACGACCAUUUUUAUAAUUUACAAGCGGUUCCAAUAAAAUCAAACUAUAUUGUAAGUAAUCUGACCAUGUCAAUGAUAACCUACAAGCUUUGGAUUGGUUACAAAUUUUGUACAAAUACAUCCCGUUAAAAUUAAUUUCUACCACAUUUUUGAUGUCUCAAGUUCAGUUUUCGUUCCAAUGGUGGUUUUAGGACUCGUUUUUCACUUUGUUCCAACUUCUUCAAGUGUUUCUGGUAUUUCGCAUCUUCCUCAAACGUUUUUUCUUCAUUUCCUUUGGAUUAUCUGUUUCUUCGUAUUUAAUGGUAUUUCCAGUUUCCACCUUUUACCAUUUGGUUUGUCGUAACAUUUCAGCUUUUAUUGAUAUUUCUAUUUUUCUGGAAAUAAAAUACCUUAUUCGUGUAGAAUGUCGAAGGAAUUCAACCAGGUCGAUGGUAAUGUAAGAGCAUUGACAUGGAUUUAAAUUUUUUACAAAUAUACCCUGUUAAUAUUUGUUUCCACUAUAUUUUUUAUGCCCAUUGUAAGUUUUUCACUCUAGUGCUAUUUUGAGGACUCUAUUUAUACUUCUUCCCAUUUUUGCAACCUUUUUAAUGUGACAUAAGUGUAUUCAGUACCCACUAUAAUAUGUCAUAUUUCUUAAAAGUUUUUUCUUUUAAUCCCUUCGGUUCCUUUCUUUAGUUUUUCAGAAUGUUUCUUCGUUUUCAUUAAUAAGGUCUCUAAGCUUUAUUAUCUUCUUCUAAUACACUUAUCCAUAUUCUUCAGCAGUUUCUUGUACCCACAGUAUUUCGUCAUCUACCUCUAAAGUUUUUUCUUAGUCUUCAUAACAAUGGGCUAUUUGUUCUUUUAUUUUUUAAUUAUCAUAAUUAAAAUUACCAUAGGAAGUGGAAAUUUGUAUCAGCUCUUUUGAUGUACCGAUCGAAACAUAUUUUUAAAUAGUGAAUCUUUUUAUUUAUCGUUUAUAUGGAAUGUUUUUUCCUGCAACAUACCAUGGAGAGUAAAUAAUUUAUUAUGUAUCAAAGUCAAAUUAUGUAUAAACCGUUUUUACACAAAUAUUUGAAUAUAAGCUUCUAAAUAGAAAUUUAAAAUAUAUAUAUUGCAUUGUUAACAUUGUUAUUAAAACAAAAAAAUAUAUAAUAGAUAAUAAAUACCUAACUACUUUGA